UAUGCAGCUCUGUUUUCUGCUGAGCAAAAUGCGCAACAAUUCGUGCUUUGUGCGUACUGUUUUGUAACAGCUGUUUUAGCAGACUGGCUGCACGUGUUGGCAGAGCUGUAUUGGCGAUUUACCCUUAUUUGGUUGUUGUUUUGGUGUUGUGACGGCGGCGGCGUCCUUUAACCGGUCAUUUCGUAUACCAACCGACUGACUUUCAACAAACACAGAAACAAUGGGCAAAAAUAAACGGAACAACAAACAUCAGCAACAACAGCAGCAGCAAAAAAGCUCGCAACCAAAUGAAGCGACAUCAACAACAAGUACUGAAAAAGACAAGGACACGGUUGCACCAGCAACGGGCAAGCCCUCCGUUGAUGAGCAUCGUCUUAAGGCUAACAAAAUAGCUUUGGAGAUUUUGGAGGCUGUGCAACGUCAACCUGCUAAUCCUAACGAAGAAUGGCAGCAAUAUGUGCAGCUACAGCAAUUGCUGGAGCAGAUGAUAGUAUACGAGAAGCCAUUGCAGCGCGAAGAGUUCCCAACUGGAGAAGACAAUUGUAGCACACAGACGCGUAUGGAUAAGCUGGCAUCCUUCAAUGCCUGGGCUGUGGCGGGUGGCGUUAAAAGUAGUAGCGUGGAAAUAGCCACCUUUGAUGGUUAUCAGCUCGGUUUGCGCGCCACGCGUGAUCUCAACGCAGGCGAACAGGUGCUUAGCGUGCCGCGACAGCUUAUUUUCUCCGAAGAACAUCUGUCUGAGGCGCAAGUCUUUAGCUACUAUCCGUCGUUGACCAACUUUCAUUUGGCCUUUGCGCUGGUCAUUGAAAAGGUUCGCGGUGCUGCCAGCAAUUGGAAACCCUAUAUCGAUAUACUACCACCGCGUUACAAUACUGUACUCUACUUUACCGUAGAGCAAAUGCAGCUCAUGCGUGGCACCUCCGCCAUUGCUGCUGCACUGCGUCAAUGCCGUGGCAUUGCGCGCCAAUAUGCCUCGAUGUACAAGUGCGCCUACAUUCAGCCCGAUGAUAGCAUUAUGACCGCCAUGUCGGUGCUCUUCACGCAAUACGGUCUCUGCUACGACCUAUAUCGCUGGGCCGUAUCUACUGUAAUGACCCGUCAGAAUCUGGUGCCACGCGAGAAGCUGCCCGAGAAUAAGAAACUGGCAGCUGAGCUCAAAAAGUUACCCAUAUCAGCGCUAAUACCAUUUUGGGACAUGGCCAACCAUCGCAGUGGUGAGAUUACCUCGUUCUAUGAUGUGAAAACGAAGCAAAUGGAGUGCGCUGCCCAGGAGCCCUUCAAGACGGGCGAUCAGUUCUUCAUCUACUAUGGCGAUCGUUCCAAUGCCGACCUGCUGGUGCACAAUGGAUUUUUGGAUUCGCAAAAUGCCAAAGACUAUGUGCAAAUCAAAUUGGGCUUGAAUCCUGCGGAUGUGCUGGCAGAGCAGCGUUCACUAUUGCUCAACAAACUCAAUAUUGAGCGCAAGGCGGAGCUGCGUGUGCUGCCAGCGCCGGAGCAUAUAUCGGGCGAGCUCUUGGCCUUUGUGCGCGUCUUCAAUAUGAGUGCAGCACAGCUGGAGCAUUGGUGCAGUGAUCUGGAGCGUGCCGUUGAUCUGCUGCAUAUUGAUUGUGCGCUCGAAACGGAUCUGGAGACGCGCACUUGGCAGUACUUGUAUCAACGUCUUAAACUGCUGCUGGGCGUGCUGGACGCCACGUUGCCAGCGCAGGCGCAGGAGAAGCUGCUCGCAGCAGAGACUGAUGCUGCUGGUGAGCGUGAAAUUAAUGCGAUGCUGUUGGAGUAUCGACGCCUGGAGCGUUGCAUACUCAACGAUGCUCUCAACUAUGCACAAGAACGUCUCAAGGUCUAAUGGCCGAAACGAAGCCAAUGUAACUCAAGUGGCCAUAAGCAUAAUAUAUUGCCACAAUAGGUUUUCAAUUCACUUAUAUUCUUUUUUUUUUCGUAAUGUUAUUUUAAGUUAACCAAAAAAUUGAUUGAGUAUUCGACCCUGUGCAUAUGCAUAGGGGUCUUAUUUUACUUGUUUUAGUUUAUUUUCAUUUUUAUUUAUUUUUGCUAAGCUCAAAGCGUCAAUUAACUUUUAAGCUCAUUCAUUAUUUGUAAUACAUUUUUUUUCAACAGAAAU